GUAAACUUUGGCGCAUUUGUGACUUUACGUUACAGACGCAUAUUUUUUUGCGAAAGCUUCUUGAGUUUUAAAAUAAUGGGUGGCAUUGUAACGACAAAAAAAGACAAGUUUAUAAAAAAAAGGUUUAAAGCCAAACACAUGUUGUGUGGCCUUUUUAUCGGUUCACUGAUAGCAGUGGCUCUUAUUGUUGCUAUAUACGUAACAACACUAGACAGAAAACCUCUAACAAAUAUACAAAGGAUUAAAUUUGGGACUGAAAAAUCUGAACCAAAUCCUAUUCCAAGCGAAGCCAACUCCCUUCCUCCAGAAAAUGACGGCUUCAAAAACAUACUACAAAAUUUUCUACGGCUGGAAAAGCAGGAAACUUCUAACCCCAACAAGGUAGAAGAAACCAGAAAUGAUCUAAAGACAUCAACUACCAAAACCGUUGAUCCCCAACACGCAGACACGGAUCAGUUCGAUAUUACGGAUUUAGUUGGAAACGUGAAAGAUUUGCUUCCACUCGUAAACGUUAACUCAACCAUGCAGAAAAUCCAGAACUAUUCUGUAAAUGUUUUAGCUGGGAAAGUAAAAAAGUUGAUGGUACCAGGUACAAAAUGGUGCGGCAGAGGUAGCGUGGCAGCGUCAAUUGGAGAUCUUGGUGCAGCUCGAGAGGCUGAUCUUUGCUGCAGGGAACACGAUGGUUGUACUGAUAUUAUUGAAGUAGGUGAAACCAAACACGGUCUAACCAACAAAGGGUUUUUCGCUUUGUCUGCCUGCUCCUGCGAGGAUAAACUAUUGAAGUGUUUAAAAAAAGUCGACAGUUUAGUUGCUGAUAUAAUAGGAUUUGGGUACUUCACGCUUUUCAGGAUUCAAUGCUUCAAGGAAGAUUACCCCAUAGUUGGGUGUAACAAGUGGCAGUAUACAAGUUUUGUGUACAAAAAAAGAGAUAUUAAAAGAUGCGCAGAGUAUGACUUGGAUUUGAAGGGUACCAAAAAAUAUCAAUUUUUUGAUACUGGUUUCUACUGUUAAGUUGUCUGGGGGAUGUUAAGGUUUUUGGUUAAUUUUGACAAAACAGAGUCUUAUUUGUUAUAAAUAAUUAGGUAUCAAAUUGUUUGUUCGCUUUAAGUGUUUUCAACUAAGUUAAGUGAUACUUAGUGAUGUAAUAAGCAAAGAUGCUUGCUAACCUUGGUUCGGUAAACCACUAUUUCGUAUUCGUAAACAUGUUCUCUUUAAGUAUUCGUUAUUUCACAUUUUGUCUGUUUAUACUUGAAAAAUAUAUUGCGGGCAUUUGGUGUUUCUUUCUUUAUUAGUUGUUAAAUGAAGAUACAAAUUUUGCAAGCAUCUACAAACAAUUGUUCAUUAA